CACGAGUGGGAUUGUUUAGGUUUUUGGACUAUGAUACGUUUCAUCAGAAAAUAAACAAAACUACAAGAAACUAAGCUGCAUAGAUAUGAAGACGAUUUUACUGCGACUUAUACAUUACUUAAUAUCUUUAGGAGAAUUUCUCCGUUAUUUAAUUUUAUUUUUACCUACUCAAACGCUUAGCUUUUCAAAAAAAUCUCCCUUUUCGAUUCAAACAGACUCAAAAAAUUUGAAAAAACUUCCAGCUCAUAUAGGUCUCCUAGUUGUGGAAGAUGAAUUUUCAUUUCGUGACCUAGCCAAUAUGAUAGUCUGGUCGGUCGCACUUGGGAUUUCAUAUAUAAGUGUGUAUGAUAUUAAUGGUAAGCUUUUGGUAAUACCUGUCUGAUUAAAUAUGUUACUUUGUCUUUAGUCUAAGUGACAGCAAAGACUAAGAAGACUAAAGUCCUCUGCCCCUAGCUAGACUUAGACCAGUGUUUCGAAACCAGAAGUAAUCUGGUUAGUGUGGGCCAGCAUGUAGGCCAUAUCUUGCCGGUCCACACAACAUAAGACUAAGACAAGAAACUUGACAAAAGUUAAACAGCCAUGCCAUAAUAAAAAAAAAUGAAGCGUCUACUUGUCUGGUGACGAGACGAAUAAGUUCUAGAGAUAUUUGUCUGGCGACCAGGUCACAUGACCGCUGUAACAAAGUUGAGUGAGAUAUCUGUCCGUCAGCCUUGUCACUUGACCGCUAAUAGUCUCAUAAAACUGGCUUUGGAGAUGCAUGGGUGCGACGAGUAUACACUUCAUUUCAAGAAAUGUUGUCGAGGGAGGGAAGAGGGGAAGCAAUGCAUCCUAGGAUAAAGAAAUACUGAGAGCGAGAGAGAAAGGAUGAAAAUGAUUAGUGAGGGUGAAAAAUAAUUAAUACGAGGAGGUCAAAAGUUCACAAAGAAAUAGACCCAACAUCUUAAUAUAGGGCCAAUAUAGUGUGCUGCGUGUGCUGUUGGGGUAGCCUACUUCUCACGCAAUAUUAAUAGCCCAAAAUAAAACUUAGGUCUAUUGACAGUCAAAUGGCAAGUAUUAGUCUUAUUUUCUUUGCUUUAUAUUUUAAAUUUAGGCUACUAACAGCUAGGUAGAGCUUUAUAAGAUAUUUAAACCAACAAAAAUUUGCCAGCAAACUCUUGUCACAUGACAUGUUUGCCAGAAUAAUAACAGAUACUAGUCAUCCGAUGGUCAUGUGACAUGCCUGCCGGAAGAAUAUCUAAAGCACUAUUUGUGCGUACCCCGCAUUUGUAGACACUGCCUGAAAAAAAAUGUCAGCUAGCAUUAAAAAUUGUAGGCCCUAAAUUAUAAUAUAUUCCUAUGACAUUUUCAUUGGAUUAUCUAUCAUGGAUUAAAUAUUAAAAUAUGUUACACUCUAAAAGUGUAAUAGUAAUAUAAAAUUAAUUAACUGAUUAACUACCAGAUUGAAAAACCAGCUGUGGCUGAAUUAAAUUCCGAUGCAGUUUUCUUACUUAUAAAAAUAUUCUUUUCUUAAUUAUAAACACAUUCUAAUGAUUAAUAAACCAUUUUGUAGGUAAAUGAAUUGUCUAUUAGAUAAACUUAAAACAUUUCUUAAGGUUAAGUUUUGUUAGGAAAUAAUUAAUUGUUAAAUUAGCAAUUACAACAGAAAAAAAAAAAAUAAAAUAUAAAUGAUAAAAUAAAUGUGCCAAUUUAUGUAUAAAUUUAAAAUUACCAAAACAUUAAAGCCAUUUAUUUGGUGGUUUCCAAAUAGAUUAUCCAAUAAAAGAAAAAUGGACCAAAGAACACAGAAACUGAAUAAUGUUUACACUUCCAAUUAAUUGUAUGCCUUUAGCCUUUAGUAACCCUGUCACUUGUUGCCACCGUGAACAAGUUGUACAAUUUUGUAACUAGCUUGGAAAUUAAAACAAAAUUAAUUAACAACUCAUUUCUUAAAACAUAUUGCCAAUAGCAUGUGGUUCAAAUUUAAAUAUCCUGUCGGUAAAUUAAAAUCUCAUGCAAAACAGGAACGGAAAAAUAUAAAUAUUUGACUCGAUUUAUGACAAUACAAACAUUGGAGCUACCAGCGGCUCGUGGCCAUAACAAAAGAAAUGCAGAGCCGCUCCCAACGUCUCAUGGUAGUUAACCAGUUAAUAAACAUGGUACCGGUCCUUGAUGCAAUGGGGAAAAUAUUCCCCUGUCUGCCAAACAUAACAUUUGGAAAAACACUGCAAUCUGCACUAGUAGACUACCUAAACCAGGGUUUCCCAACCUGGAGUGCAUGCCUCCAGGGGUGGCAUUUCAAGCGGUGUGAGGAAAAGUAGGAGUAAUUUACUUUUAAUUUGUGAUAUUAAUGUUUAUUUUAGGCAAAUGUGUAGUUAGCGGCAUGGGUUUUGCCAAGAGUUGUCUCACCCUAAGAGCAAUGAUGUCUUUAUGGGGAAUUCCAACACUUGGCAGGACCAACACUUAGCCAUAACAAUAAUUAUUAAAUCCAUUAGAAGUCAUUGUCUCUUGUAACUGCCAACCUGUCCAGAACUGCCAUUUCAAUUUCCUUUUUUGCCAACAUACAGAGGUUCUCCAUUCUGUGUUUGGAUGGACAGUAAGGAUCAACAAGUUUCAUCUCAAAAACAACUAUGUGGCAUGUUCAAAUAUGGCAUUUUUUUGUCAUCCAACAUCCAAAAAGGAUGUUCGCGCCCGGAAGAAUAUAUCUGAACAUUUUAAACUGUAACAUUUGUUUGUCUACAAAUUCAUGGUCUCCCAGCCGGCAUUGACUUAUUAGUUAGGUCUACAUACAUGUUUUUUUGUUACAAAUAGGUCUAUGGGCUAUUAAGUAUUUGUCUGGAAAUGUAGAAUGCUGGCAUUAAUUUCAUUUUUUUCUUAUUGAAAUAAGUAUGUUCAAGUUAAUGCAUAGGCCUAUAUGGAUUAAAAUUUGCUACUUAGAUUAGAGUUUACCAAUGUAGUCAUAAAUUUAAAUAAACUUGCUAAAAUAAUAUUUUACCCCAGCCUUUAUUUUUUAAUGUGAGACUUUUUUUAGUGAGGUAAGAUUAAGUACGGUAGGCAUAGUAGUACUAUGUUUGUAUUGAAUGGUAUUUGAUAACUCUUUGUGAGCUUUUGGAUGAUUAUAAAGGUCUACCUUUAAACUAAAAGCCUACAAAGUGCUUGCUGAUUGAUAACCAUGUGUUGAGUUUUAGUAGACAUUAAAACUGUUUGGGCAUUAUAAUUAGGCCCUAACAAUGAAGUUGUAUACUUUUGCAAUGCCUAUUUGGUUUACUUCACUCAGCACACUACCAAUAUUCAAAAUCAUCAAUGAAAAAUAGUCUUAUUUGCAUAAAUAGAUUAACUACAGUUUGUGCUGUCGAAUUUUUGUGUGAAUGAAAAUGGUUGUCUGUAUUGUCUAUAUUCUCCCCACAUUAUUAUGGUCCUCUCUAUUGUCUAAAUUCUCAGCCAAUUAUUAUCCAGCUAGGAGUAGGACUUCAAGAGGUGACGCUAUAAGUUUUUAUAAUUAAAUGCAUCUGCUUGCAUAACCUUACAUGGCACAUUUUCACAAUGGUGCACUCACUACCCUAUUUGGUGCACUGACUACCCAAUUCAAAUUAUUAUAUUUGAUUAUCAUAUUUAAAUACCAAAAAUAUAUAGUCUAUAAUAGGGGCAAAACGGUUUUAAAAACCAAUAAUUGGAAAUCCCAUUAUCAUUUAACAUCACUAAUACUAAUGUUUAUACUUGUUUAUUCAUUAAAAUGUGGUAAGUCAUAUUAUUUUACAAUUACAAAUGUAUCACAUUUGUCUGAUAUUUGCUACAGGUGAAAUUAAGCGAAACAGUGUACUAUUGCAGAAAGACAUAGAUAAGAGCAAAGAGGAUAUCAUAGGCCAGGAUAAAUGUCAUUAUGACAUUCAACUCUUUUCAUCUUCACACCCUGUAACCCAAUCAAAUGCAGGUAUUUAUGAGCUACUUUGUAUUUUAAUCAUGUUUUGAUUGACUAUUGUUACAAUGUUUAGAAGAAUGAAAAGCUGUGAUGUUAAUGAUAAUGUGUCAUGUUAAUAAUAAUGUAUAGUGUUGGCUGAAAGAUCAUCAAAUUUAUAUAAAUAGUUCAUAUUUUUAGAUCUUUGCCAAAUUCAACAAGCUGUAAAACUGCAUAUUUUAAAAAGAGAUUUUUAAAAAUUUAUGUAAUCUAAUUAUCUUUCAGAAUAUUCAUUUUGAUUGUUAGCAGUUGUGAAAUUUUUUUCUGCAACUUUAUAAAAUUUCUUUCUUAGGUGCAUCAAAAGUUCAACAAGCUAAAGUUCAUUUACUUUGUGUAGAAGAUGGUCAUAGACGAAUAGUAGAUAUGGCUCGACAGCUUUGUCAUAAUGUUAAUUAUGGAUUGUUGAAGAUUGAUGAUAUCACACCUUCAAAUGUGGAUAGUUUUUUUCAAGGUAAAAAGUCAGAAUAUAUUGUUUAUUACUACCAGUAGAAAAUGUUGCUAGAGUAUGUUUUGACGUACUACAAUGCUACUUAAAAAGUCUCUACUACUAAUAAAGUCUCUACUACUAACAAAGUCUGUAACUGUUCUGUUAAAAAAGACAUGUUCUUUAUGUUAGUAAUAUCAAAACCUCUUUUUUACUCAUUCCUAGUCUUGCAGCUAAAUGAUCUGAGCUUUCCAUCAGUUAUUACCUCCAUGUGUCAGUUAUUACCUCCAUGUGUCAGUUAUUACCUCAAUGUGUCAGUUAUUACCUCUAUGUGUCAGUUAUUACCUCUACGUGUCAGUUAUUACCUCUAUGUGUCAGUUAUUACCUCUAUGUGUCUGUUAUUACCUCUAUGUGUCAGUUAUUACCUCUAUGUGUCAGUUAUAAGUUAUUACCUUUGCUCUUAUUUCUACGAUAUGUCUUCUGAAGUGACAAAAUAGAAUUUUUAGUCCAUGCUAGUGCUGGUAUUUUUUUGGCCAUUAACAUUAUAUUUCUCUUAACUUUCAUCUAUUUCUGGAUGCAAUUGUCGUAAGUUUGUUAUAAUUAAUCAACAUUAAGGAGCUUAGUAAACGAAAUAAAAUUAUAAUUGAGUCAAAAGUUGCUUACAUUUCUUCAUUCAUGAGUGCAGAUUGAGCCUAAAAGUCAGCUUGAUGUCUGGAAAAUGAUGACUUUGAUUUAAUCAAGACAGUCUUGAAGCACCAGUAUAUAUUUCAAUUGAUUUUGAUAACAGAGUAUUUUUACUGCUUCAUUGAGUAAAUUAAUCAUGCAUUUACAGAAUCCUGGCAGUUUCCUGACCCUGAGCUUUGUAUCAAGUUUGGUUCUGUGGACAGUUUAUUUGGUUAUUUACCAUGGCAGAUAAGGCUGACUGAGAUUAUGUAGGUUUUCUCACUCAUCAUUUUGUUUUAUAUUUUUGAAAACCUUUUUGAGUUACAAGUUUUUCUUCGAUUAUAAAGAGAAAUCAAUUUAAUAUGUGCAUCUGAAUAAAGAUAUUAUCCUGCAAAAGAAAAGAAAAUAUUUAAUAAAUUUAAUAAUAUGUGCUUUAAAUUGUAUUUAUUAUUUUAAAUUUGAUACCGUAACUAUCAAUGUCUUUAAUUACAUUUUUUAUUCACCACAAGCUAAGUCUUCAAAGGAACGUUAUGAAACAGCUCUGCCCUAUAUUAUAUGUCCACACAAAUUGAAUGUUGACAAUUUGAAUCUCCUCAGAUCCUUACCAUCCCAUAAAGGAUUAAGCUAUAAAUCAUUCCUGUCGUUACUAGUUCAGUUUGGGAAUACCAGCCAGCGCUUUGGAAAGUAGCAAUCACAGCACGGACAAUGUUAGCUCAUGUUAUUGUAAAUGUACCAUGCCAUCAUUUUAAGUUUAAGUUGAUUCCAUUAUUUCCAUGACUUGUACAUGUUGCUUGUACACGUUGCUUGUGUUUAUGUUCAAGUUUGUCUGAGUCCCAAGUAAGAAUGAGGUUAAGUCAAUCACAGCUGCUGUUGUCAACAGUAAGAGGUUGUGCAUGUCUGAGGACGGUAGAGGUAAAGACUUUUGACUGUAUUUUAACAUUUUGAAAUUGGCAAUUCUGGUAAACUGUAUAUGGUACUUAAAAAUUUAAAGCAAGUCGUUAUUAGAUUUGUUGGAAAAGUUGUCUGAUUUUCUAUGUUACAAAUGACCUCCUAAUGGUUGGCUAUGUGAGUUUUCUGGGUUUAUAAAAGUUUGAGGAGCUGUGUAAAUAGGGUAUAUAUGGGUAUUAUAGAUGUGUCUGGCUUAAUGGAGACAUGCUAGGUUUGUCUUAAGGGAGACAUGCUAGGUUUGUCUUAAGGGAGACAUGCUAGGUUUGUCUUAAUGGAGACAUGCUAGGUUAGUACAAGACAAGAUGUAAUGUAAGGUUUGUAUAUUAAUAAUUAUUCAAUACAUUUUGAUUUUUACAAAUAGCUUUGUCAUGAACAACGACUGAAGGCUUUUCUAAUGAUUUCUUGGGCUUUGAAAUUUGAAGUCAUGAAUAUUAUUUUGUUUAAUAUUGUCUCAUUCUAGACUUUAUGAUAAUGCAACAAUGAAAUACAUUACAGUAAUAUUUCUCUCACUUUGUGCCAAGACAGAGGAAACCAAACAAUGACAAUUGUAAACAUAUCUCCUUGCAAGGUACAGAUCUACUGAGACAGUUUUAUUUUAAAUAACUUGGGUAACAAUUUCAAAUUUGAUUAAGUGAAUCUAAUGUAAUAUUUUAAUUAAUAUACAGGUAGACAAAAUGUAUGUGGAUUUAGAAGUUUUGAAGAUAUUUACAGAGUAAAAGAAAAAGUGGACAAUAAAUGAAGAUAAGAACAAGGAGUAGUUGUCCUUUUGGUCAGACUCUGCAGGAGCCCUGAUGAAUAUAAUUCAGUUUAUUCUAACCUAGAAAUUCUACUUCUUGCCUUUGAUCAGAGUUAGGUGAAAUUAAGAUGGUGACAUGAGAAAUGAAAUUAAUACUGGUAUAUUUUACAAUCAAAUACCUGAUUAUGAAUUAUGCUGCUGUCGCAUUUUCAAUAAAAAAAUGUUUAAUUUUGUUACGCAUGUUGUAAAUGAAGAGUUUUGACUUCAACAAAAUUCGCUGGAAAAAUAAUUAAGAUUUACGAUCAUUGAGUAUCAUUUUUCCCCAUUGCAUGAAAAACUGGAUUUGCAUUUUUAAAUUCCCAAGUUGUUUUUUCUAUAACCUCUUCCUGCCCAACUGUCAUUUGCUAGACUGUUUCCAGCUGAGAGUUUCUGGUCACUGCAGCGUGCAUGUUACCAUUUUUUUCACAAAAUUGAGUAAGUUCCAUUAAAGUAAUUAAUUAAGAUACAUGUAGCGUCUAGAUUUUCUAACACUUGUAGAACCAUUAAGUACGGGUAUUUAAACAUCUUAUCUUCUGAUCCUUAGUGGAGACCCCUGUCCUUAGUGGAGACCCCUGUCGUGGAGUCAAUGUUUUUUACAAGUUUACCAGUGAUUAUAAAAUAUUGAAGUGUAAAACUGGGAGGUUGUUAGCGGAUAGCCUAAGUGUAAAACUGGGGGGUUGCUAGAGGAUACCCUAAGCGUAAAAUUGGGAGGUUGUUAGGGGAUACCCUAAGUGUGCCAGAUUUCUUAUAAAAAAUUAAUGAUGUUGCAGAAAGCUACCGGGUAUAUCUAUAGUCGAAGCUUUUGGUGACGUCAAGUUAACUGAGUUGGUAUAAAUUAAUGAUAAUUCAUAAUAACUGUUAGGAACUCAACAAACAAUAUCAUUGUUCAUGUUCCCUUUGAAUAUUUCUAUAACUAUAAGACAUAUAGAUCUGUGAAAAUUUCAUUGAACAUGUUAAUUGUAGUUUUAGACAAGGAAUAUUUAAUCAGGAGUUUAUGCAUUUUCAUGUCUGUGAUAAUCUUAAUGUAUUUUGGAGAAAUGGUUUUGAAAUUAAAUCCCAGUGACACCUAUUGAGUAAUAUCAAGGAUCAAUCUAGAGAUAUGUACUUGGUACUAUGGUCAUUGGAUGUGGAUCAAUUAUGGCAUAUUUGGCUUACAUAAAGCUGUAAGCAUAAAUAUAACUCUAUAAUUUUAAAGCUGGCCUUGCUAUUUUUAUACUAAAAUUUCCCCGUCAGUACCACUGUUGCUAGUAUAGGAUACAGCAAAACAAUAUUCAUUUAAUUUGUGCUGUUUUAAUGUAUCGGUUAAUAUAAGUUAUAACUGGGAGAUUCAAUGCUCGGGCUGAGGUAGCAAAGACAGGAAAUAAGCCAUUGCUGGUCAUUCCUCAUUUGUAUUCUAGUUGAUUGCUAAAUAUUUGCUAUUCUUUUGUAACCAAUGGCGCCAAAGUUGACUUUUUAUUGUGUAGUUACUAGAGCUAAAGCUUUAGAAUUUGUCAGGGAUGAAGGGAACUACUCGCUGUAAUUUUUUGUUCACUUUUUUUGUUGUUAACUGUGAAUGCAUUUUGUCUUCUACUGAUAGGGAGAAACAAUUGAAUGCCACUAACUGAAGUCAUGUCAAUUUGACAGAUUUUUUUUAUCAAUCAUUGAUUCAUCAUGAAAUGUUCAUUAUAAAUUAGAUGUCAAUUACAUUAUAUACAAAUAUAUAUAUAAUAAAAUGUAUAUAUAUAUUC